AUGUGGCAGGUCCGAGACAAGACUACAUUUUCAUUGGAGAGAUUAAUGAUGGUAGAGAUGAAGAGCAGCUCCCUCAUGCUGAAGAAUCAACAGCAACAAAAGCAGUAUGAGAAAUGUCAUGAUGGGAUAGCCAAUCAGGUGGUCCCCGUCUUG